AUUAGAGAAGGUAUUUUCAUCUGGAUCUCUGGUCGGCUACUUCCAAUCUCUAGAGACUAUUUUGGUUAGAUGGUGUUUGCAAAUGGAGGAGCUGAAGAGGAUUCCUCUGAAUUUUCACUUGCUUGAUAAUGCCCAAUCAUCUCAUCCUCCUUCCCUCAAAGAAAUUGUGGUAUUCCCAAAAUAAUGGUGGGAAUCAUUGGGAUGGGACCAUCCCAAUGCAAAAGACAUCCUUUUACGUAGAUUUCAGCAGUCUUGUUGUUCUUAGGGUGCCACCGCAAAUGUAAGCCUUUUAAUCUUCAAUUUUCCAUUUCUGAUUCAACUCAAUAGGUGUUUUCAUCUUUAUGCUUCCUUUUUCCAUUCUUUCUAUCUUAAUGAAUCUCUCUCUACACUGUCUUUUCUUUUCAUUUUCUUCAACUUUUCUUUUCUUCUGUCUCAUCUAUUCUUUUCUCCUCAGUCGGCAUAAAUAUUGGAAUUCCACUCUGUUACCACAAGAAAGUCGGUGGGAAAUCAGAUUUGGACCUGUUGCUGUUACUAUUGGGUUUUCAAUUUAAUAUAAUCUGUUUUUCUUUUGCUGUAUCUAUGUUGUGUGUUUAAAUAUGUUAAAUUCUAAGCGAAAAAGUGGAAAUGUUUGUUUCUUUAUUACUUGUGUAAUUUUGUCUUUGAAAUUGUGUGCAAAAAAAUACUAGAAAUUAAUUUCCUUUGGUAUUUGUGGUAUUUGUUAUCCUGUACCCGCAUCUUUGUUUUUCUUGUAAUAUGUAUUAUAGUUUCAACUUUGUCUUUGAAACUGUGUGCACAAAGGACUUGAAGGUACUUGGGAUCUAUCUAAUUUCCUUCGCUAUUUAUUUUAUGGCCCUGGCAUCUUUGCUUUUCUUGUAAUAAGCAUUUCAAUUGUUA